AUGCGUCGGCGUUCCGGGUCUGGGGAUCUCGGGCGUUUGUCCGCGACCUGUCUGCGGACAAGCUGUCCCCUCGCGCUGCUCCCUGUGUCUUCCUGGGGUUCCCCCCCGACGCCCCUGGGUGGCAGUUCUACCACCCCACCUCUCGCCGUGUUCUGUCCUCCCAGGACGUCACGUCCCCCCCCGGUAGACCCCCUUCCCCCUCAGGGUCAUGCCCCUUCAGAUGUGUCCCAGGUAGACGCGGUCGAGCCUGUCGAGGUCACUGGUGACUCUGGUGCUGCUGCGGGUGCUGAGCCUAGGGGUGCUGAGACUGGGGGUGCUGAGCCUAGAGGUGCUGCGCCUGGGGGUGCUGAGCCUGGGGGUGCUGAGCCUGGGGGUGCUGUGCCUGGGGGUGCUGAGCCUGGGGGUGCUGAGCUUGGGGGUGCUACGCCUGGAGGUGCUUUGCCCGGGGGUGCUGAGCCUGGAGUUUCUUCGCCUGGAGGUUCGCCGGAUGCUUCGUCCCGCCGAGAGCCACUCUCCCCACAGGAGCUGCGUGAGUGGUUUGCCCGGCGCUGGAGUCGUACUACUGGUGCUGGAGGUUCUUUAACUGCUGAGGGUGCUACUGUCGCGGCUGGUGCUGAGGGUGUUGGCACUGAGACUACCGCUGGCGGUCCUGCUGGCGGUGCUCCUGGUGCUGCUGGGGGUUUUGGAGCUACUGGGGGUGCUGCUGGAGGUGCUACUGGAGCGGGUGCUCCUGCUGGGGGUACUGGUGCUGUCCCUGCUGUGUCUGGCGUCGCCGCGCGGCCUCGACCGUACUUCGUUCCACUCCUGCAGCAGGUUCUUGGUCUUCCACCUUCUACUGGCUCUCCUCCUCUCUUAGAGCGUCCACAGCCUGUCCCGUCCCAGUCACAACUACAGCCUGCUUCCCCCUUACCUGCUGCUUCUCCAUACGCUGGUCCUACUGGAGGUCUUACUGAGCGUCGUGAGCCUGCGUCUCGUCCUGCGUCACCUGUUCGUCCUGCACGCGCUAGUGGUCGCAGUUCGCGUCAGCGUCCUCCUCCUGUCCCUGGCACGCACCGGAUGUCACUGCGCCCGUCCACUGCUCCUCUGCGUGCCCCGUUACCUUCUCCUCCUGAGUCCCCUCUUCCUGCUCUUGCCGACCCGGAGUCGGACUCUCUUCGUGCUGCCAGUCCUACUGUCACGCGUUUCCUUGCUACUGUCGUCACUGACCCUUCUUUCGAGUCUUCUGCUGCGUCUGCCCUCGUUUCUGAGCUCAUCGACUUUGCUGCUCGCUGUCGCUUAGACUACGCUCCUAGUCUUGUCGCUGAGCUUGAGUCUGUCUGUCCUCCGUCCGUCGGGGGUGAGUGUGCCCUUGGCGCGGACGUCCUCGAGGACAGGCAGGAGGAGUUCCAGUGCCUGGCAGCCACUUCACCGCAUCUCUUGUCCGUACUGCUUACCCCUGAGGGAGACCCGGAUGCACUUGACAUCGCGACUCCGCGCUCUUACGCGGAGGCGAUAGAGGGUCCCUACUCCUCUCAGUGGCAGGCAGCUAUGGAUGCAGAGAUGGCUUCCUGGAAGUCCACAGGCACCUACGUUGACGCUGUCCCCCCUCCUGGGGCGAACAUCGUCAGUGGCAUGUGGAUCUUCAUGGUGAAGCGGCCGCCGGGUUCUCCGCCUGUCUUCAAGGCGCGUUACGUGGCUCGUGGCUUCAGACAUCGGCAGGGGGUUGACUACUUUCAGACCUUCUCCCCCACCCCGAAGAUGACCACUCUUCGGGUACUACUGCACGUUGCUGUCCACCGUGACUACGAGCUGCACUCUCUCGACUUCAGCACUGCGUUCUUGCAGGGCAGCCUGCACGAGGAGAUCUGGCUGCGUCGCCCACCUGGCUUCACUGGGACUACGCUUGCGGCUCUUGGGUUUGCUCCUUCUACUGCCGACCCGUCGCUGUUUCUGCGCACCGACACUUCUCUGCCGCCGUUCUACAUCCUCGUGUACGUCGACGACUUGGUCUUUGCCACAGCUGACACUACUGGACUCGCCUACGUGAAGUCCGAGUUGCAGAAGAGACACACGUGCACUGACCUGGGUCAACUACGCAGCUACCUUGGCUUGCAGAUCACCCGGGACAGAGCACGCCGCACCAUUACCUUGAAUCAGUCACACAUGGUGCAGCAGGUCCUUCAGCGCUUCGGCUUCACGUACUCCUCGCCUCAGGCCACUCCUCUGCCUACUCGCCACUCGCUCUCAGCUCUGCCUUCGGAUGAGUCCGUAGAGUCGAGUGGCCCGUAUCCAGAGCUUGUUGGCUGCCUCAUGUACUUGAUGACCUGCACUCGACCUGACCUUGCAUACCCUCUUAGCGUUCUCGCACGCUAUGUUGCUCCUGGGAGACACCGACCAGAGCACAUGGCUGCAGCGAAGAGGGUGUUGCGCUACUUGUGCAGUACGUCGGGCAUGGGGCUAGAACUUGGAGGGCGGAGUCCAGUGGUCCUCACUGGGCACGCGGACGCUUCUUGGGCUAACGACCAGGCUACGCAGCGGUCGUCACAGGGUUACACCUUCAGCCUCGGUUCCGGCUCUGUUUCGUGGCGGGCUACCCGCUCGUCUUCUGUUCCCGGCUCCAGUUGUGAGGCUGAGAUCUACGCCGGGGCUAUGGCUGCCCAGGAGCUUCGCUGGCUCACCUACCUGCUGACCGACCUUGGAGAGCCGCCUCGUUCUCCUUCAGUGCUGUAUGUAGACAACAAGGCCAUGCUGGCCUUGUGUCGAGAGCAGUGA